GUCUAACUUUAUGAUUAAAUGUGUUUUUUUGUGUGACGAUGUGACGGACUUCACCUGAAUCGCUUUAAACGUAGUUUACAAAGUUGUAUUUGUAAAGUCGCCUUAAACAUUUAGAACAAAGUCCCAGGUAAUCUUCAUGAGGACUGUAGAGGAAGUUGGUCUCCAUCAAAUGUCGCUGUUGUUGUCAUAUUCAGCGCAGAAAUAAAUGUACACGUAGAGAACAAGAGCGCCACCCAGUGGAUUUCUGACAUUGAUGGUGACCCAAUAAGAUCACAAUUUUCUCAAACUGAGGAGACUCGGAUGAAACCAGAGAGUGCUCGUCUUUAACGGGGGAAUACAGGAGACGCCUUGGAGUCUUCAGUCGGUGUUUUUCAUUUUCUCUGGACUCAUUUUUGCAACUUUUUGAUAAGAGGAUCUGUAAAAAAAACCCUGCGCAACAAGUUCUGAUUUCUCCGGAGUAUCAUCUUUGUUUUUCUGUCAUGCCCCCCUGCUUCUUUGUUGCUGUGUUCAUUUUGUUCUUGUCAGGUGAGUCUAAGUAGUAAAGUUUGGAAUUUUUUUCUAAGCAUAAAUUCAGAUAUAUAUGUAAUAUAGGCUUCUUCAGAAGGAAGUACAAUUAAGUUUGCCAAAUUCUUUACAAUGGCCUUCAAUUAUUUGUCAAACCAAGCAUUGCACAAACAUUCUACAGUCUACAUUUUGUACAUUUUAACGCUUUAAUUGUUGUACUUUUUAAUACAUGGCAUGAACUUGCAACAGAAAAUGCUUGUGUAAUAUUUUCAGACAGGCCAUACCCAUCAAAAUGUCAUUUAGUGUUUGUUAUAUCUAACCAAAAUGAAAAAUAAAACUCCCUAUUGAUAGUGACAGCUUCAUUCCUUUAAAUAUCCACAUCCUUUCUCUGUGGUUUGGAAAUACCUUCAUCUUAGGAGCGGUAACACUUGUAUGAGAUGCAGAUGUGCUGAAUAUUUGAGGCUGACUGGUUGAAUGCAAAUGGGGCCCGCUCUUCCCCUAGGGGAUGAAAAGUUUGGAUGCAGCUCCUUCACAACAUUUCCCAACAUGCUACUGGCCAGAAUCCAGUCAGUGCUGUUGUUCCUUUUUUCAGGUGCUUUUCUGCUCGCUUUAAUUACAGAUUGGCUGCACUUACUGUUGGUUAAUCACUGAGGGAACCCCCCUUUCCUCCAGGCCAAGCAUCUUGCUCAAACCACCCAGAAACACAGUCCUUCUGUCUAACCUUGGAUGUUAAUGGAGUGAUUAAAAGGCUGCUGGUCAUGAACUCAUCUCUGUCAUUAGAGAUACAUGAAGCCUCUUUGUUAAACACACCUUGCCCUGCUGUGACUCACUCCUGCUAUAGCUGUCUGUCUCAGCGCUGUGAGUGGUGUCUGAUGCACAGUAUGUCUCAUUGUCUAAUGCACGACCUAAAAGUUAAAGAUGUUUUCAAGAUGCAUUUAUAGCCUUCACUUAACCUUCCUCCUUUGUUAGCUUUUACUACGCACCCACCAUGUUAAGGGUCGGUUUUGACCCGUGUCUUAAAUCAGCUGUAAAUCACACUAAAAACAAUUCUCUAUCAUCCAAUUUGGUUCUCAUCUCUAGGUUACCUUGUUAGGCUUCAUUAUCCAUGAAAAAAUUGUUUAUAAUAGUUUUUGUUGUGGUCCUCUGGGCCUUUCUUUGUCAGUAUACCCCUCAUACAGACAUCCAUACUGAACUGAUCUCACAUGUCUGGACUUGUCUGAUGUUGUUUUUUGUGCAGGGAAAAACAUGUCAAAAUGAGAAUUUCCUAAAUCUCACAUGAUUGGAAGAGGAUCUGAUUAUCAGUGUGAUGCCUGACAGUGCACUUAUGAUUUUGGUUUUUGCUCUAAUUAUUAGAUAUUGAUCUAACCGGGUCAACAGCGACCCUAACACGACAAGAGCCAUAAUUUUAAAAAGAGCAUUUUACAAUUUAAUCAAUUAAUUUUUUUUAUUUUGUUGAAAUAGAGGUUCCUGACAAAGUCAAAAAGUCUUGAUGGAAAAAAACUUAUUUAAGUAUUUCUUUUAAAACGGGUCAGUGCAGACCCUAACACAGGACCCAUUUCCAUUUGUGCUAGAGGCAGCACUUGGAGUUAUCAUAUUGGCUGUCCUUUGGUUCCCAGUAUUGAGGGGGACCAUCUUGAGCUGAGUUGCAACCAUAGACUGAAUAAAAAUUACAUAGAUCCAUAUUUUUUUUAUCAUAUUUGGACUGGAGGGAAAAGUUUAAAAGGUGCAAAAUUUAGCAGUUUUAUAGUGAACUCAGGAGUCUUGCAAAAAUACCAAACUAUGCAAUGUGGAGUAAUAAAAAACUACAGGCUUUUAGUUUUGACUUUAUUGAGACUGAAGAAAAUGAUGGUCAAUAUCGUAAAUUAUGAAAUUACUAUGUAACUGCAACUCUGAUGUUUCAUAAAGCGCCUGAAGCCAUAUGCUUGUAAAUUUGAUACAAUACUACUAGUGUUUCAGUGGUGUAAUGCUGCACAAGCAUGUAGUAAAGCAAAACUGUACAACUGACACCUUGUUUGGUGUAAUAUUGGUAUAAAAUAUAUCAAAAUAAGCAGGACAGCCUUACUUAAGUGCAGUAGUGUUGUGAAUGUGCCAUGUAACCAUAGCACUGCAGUGGCAUGUCACUUAAAAUACACAUUAUAAUUGCUGUAUGCAUGAUGGUGCAUUUCACCAGAGAAAAUGUCUCAACUAAAGCCUGGAGUGCAGACCAGCAGACUGAUGAGUUUGUUUUCUCUGUGACUAACUCUCUGUGGGGGGGACUGGGGAAAUGUUACUGAGUGGAACAUCCGGCUCAUAAUGAGAAAAAUGCUGACGAUACGCAUAAUCCUCACAUCAUUGGAAUAUUCUGGAGCAGAUUCCAGAGGGGGAAAGUUGAGUGUAUUUCAUGAUUAUAGUUUGAAUUGUGUUAAAGUGAAGUUAAUGAGGUUUAGAGAAGCUGCCUGAAAAUGGAGACGGACUUAAGACGGGGCUGGAAGGUUGACAGAAAGUUUGGAAAGUUUGGCAGUCAGCUCUAAACAUGAAGCCACUUUCAAAAGAGAUUUGAAAAGGGGGUUUUGUGCCUGAAUCCCAUCUCCUUAGAAAGAAGGAUAAUAGUAGAAGGCAUUUAUGGGGGAAGCGGAGAUAAAUUUAUAGAAAAGAAAUAAGAUUGGAGGCCACAGUUCAGCGCACAAGUGAGAUGAGUAAGAGGGAAAAUUUCCAAGUUAGCUGAGUGACCUAAUUUGUGGUGAUGCUAAUGUUGAUUCAAAAGACCAGGAGACUCUACAAACAAAGUCCAACACUUUCUGCUCCUACAUAAACACUCAGCGGUAUCUCACAAAAAAAGAAACAGCUGAAUCUAUUUUGUCCAUUUCAAUGAUUUAUGUUUCCUCUCUCCUUCAAACCCUAAAGGAGUUUCCAUUAGCAUCACUGAUAGUAAAUCCAGGUGUCCUUAAACUGGAGUGUUAUUGAACUUGUGUUGACGGAAACCUGAGAGGAAGAGAAGGAAAAGAGAUUGUGUGAGGAGUUGUGAAUAUGCCAGCCUUUCUUUGUGUCCAGAAGCUGAAUAAAUCACUUUAUUCAGUCGAUCAGAGGCCUUUUCUGUUCCCACAUAUCUGACUUUUGUUUCCUUUUUUCAGCUGGCUCUGGCACCACGGUAUAUGACGGCUACAAUGAAUUUGAGGAGGAAUACUACACCCCUCAGUUGGACUACAAAGGUGAGUGUGAAAUCGAACAUCUGUUGGGCAGGCAACUCCAAGCUGAUAUCAACAUCAGGCCUCUACCUACUGUUUCUGACAGAUAGCACACCAGUUCUUGCUUUCCACAAUGUGUGCUCCACAUGUACAUCUGUGCUCUGUUUUUCUUUAAAUGCAGACCCACACUGGUGUCAUUCUCCUGGUCUGACCAAUGGAGAGGUGUCCUGUCACUCACCCCGAGGUGGGGCGUACCGCAGCACGUUGGGCACCCGCUGUGAGAUGAGCUGUGAUCGGGGAUACCGACUGCUGGGGAAGAGCUCAAUUCAAUGCCUCCCUAACCGACGUUGGUCUGGGACUGCUUUCUGCCGUAGUAUGUGGACAUUACGACUUUAAAGAGCUUAAAUAAAUAUAAAUAUAUACAUUGUAUGAAAUAUUGUAAAUAUCAGUCUGUUUACUGCUCUGGCUUUAACACGCUGACCCUCUGUAUGUUCAUGUUUCUUCAGAGAUGCGCUGCCGAGUCCUGGAUCUUAUCCCACAUGGCAGAUACACCUGCACUCAUGGCUUCAUGGUGGACUCUAGGUGUGACUUCACCUGUGAUCCUGGCUAUCUUGUUGACGGGGAACACUCACGCACAUGUCAGCCUGGAGGUAUAUGGAGUGGAGUGCAGCCAGUUUGUGCAGGUACAAAUUCAGGUUUUAUUUUGCAAAUAUAUCCGUCCAGUAGCCCUGAGGUUGAUACUUUCACGAACAAACAAGAAGUUUGACUUUACUACCAUUAUGUGGAUCAAAAUCUGGGCCAUAUGUAGUUUAUGCGCUUUUCAUUACUCUUUCAGGGCUGAGAGUGAAACAAAAACAAGCUCAUUUCCUACCCCUGUGCUUUGGACUGAACCUGGAACUGCUUUCUUUGUGGUUUCUUUCCUGACUGUUCUUUUUUUCUCAGACACUGAUCCUCCAAAGAUCAGAUGUCCUCCAUCCAGACUAAAGGUUGCAGAGCCUGGAAAACUCACAGCUGAGGUGACUUGGGAUCGGCCUGUUGCAAGAGAUACUGCAGAUAAACACCUUGAGUAUGUCCCUCCUUUUUCUGCUCAUUUUAAAAUGGAAUUAAAUGUGGACAGUGAGGACUUUGACACACAGGUGGUGCUCCAUAAAUGAAGGCUCUUUUGCUGUUCUUAUCUCAUUAUAGAAUAAUAUUAGUAGGCCAAGAGCCAGGAACCGACUUUAAAGAAGGAGUCAACAUCAUCAGAUACAAAGUGUACGAUCAAGCCAGGAACAGAGCUGCCUGCAAGUUUAUUAUACGUGUCGAAGGUAAGUGGCCGUAUUUACCUGAAUGAGUUUAAUUGCUGCAAUUUCUCCUGAAGAGAGAAGUAUCACUCACAGGUCUAGAUUUACCCUGCACUCCUUUCAGUGAGAAGAUGCACAAUCCUGCCUCCACCCAUGCACGGCUAUCUCACCUGCUCAUCUGAUGGGAAUAACUACGGUGCGACGUGCGACUAUCACUGUGACGGAGGAUAUGAACUGAGGGGGACAUCCAGCCGUGUCUGCCAAUUCAGCCGUGACUGGGAUGGAAGCCCUGCUGAGUGUCUUCGUGAGUAUAAGUGACACACCUGCUUAUCUGCACCUGUAUGAACAUAAUACAACCUGACUUACAAACAUGUUGGGAAGCUGUGCAAUAUUUUAAUAAAAGAAUGUCUGAACCUGUAGAUGUAGAUGUAAGGUUUAAAUGAUUUCCAGAGUGUAACAUCACAGGUUUAAAUGAAAAGAUGGAACAGAAACAAUACAUACAGGUUUUGGAGCAAUAUAUGUUCAUCCGUCCACGCAAUGCAUUUUCACAUUACAUAAAACCAUAAAGCGUUCAGUUUUAACAUUUGAAAUGUUGUCUUUUCACUUUUUUCAUUUAAAUGUAAUGUUUAAUGAUUUGCAAACAGUCAAAUCGUCCAUGUAGAUUCUCAUUCAUCCAGGUCAUGGUUAUCUCAAAGACUCCAAAAUCAGGCAACUGGACUGUGUAGAGUAAUAUUAAUCUACUAAUAUUAGUAAUAUUAGUGGGCCAGGACUCUACACAGUCCAGUUGCCUGAUUUUUGAGUUUUGGAGAAACAGUCAAAUCCAUUUUUAAUUGCGUCCCAGCUUUUUUAGAAGUGGGGUUGCAGAUGUACUUCUUUUUUUUUUUAAUAGCUGGUAACGCAGGAUACAAAUGUAACCCUUUGUGUUUGCAGCGAUGGAAAUCAGAUCAGAUGUAAAGUCGGCCUCAGCUCUUCUGGAUCAGUUCUAUGAAAAGAGGAGGCUGCUGAUCCUGUCUGCACCCAACGUAACUGACCCAGACUACCAGAUGCAGAACGUCAUGAUACAAGUGAGGAGAUGUUUGGCAGCUAACAAAAUAUCAGUGACCUCAGUUUGGCAGUUUCAUAGAAGUUUGUAUGCACUACAACAAACUCAUCAUCUAUUUUCCUUUUCUGGGCUAGAAAGCAGACUGUGGAUUAGACCUGAGACAUGUAACUGUGAUUGAGCUCCUGGGCUCCCCACCUCGUGAAACGGGACGCAUUAAAGAAAGUCUGUUCAGCUCUGAAGUCAUCGAGGGUUUGAGGUAAUGGUGGUGAAUGUCUGUGUCUGAGUGUUUACUUUAGUUUACUUCAAAAUUUCCAUCCUGAAAUGGCUUUAUAUAACUCCUAUUCUCUUUAAGAGCUCCUGUUUGUUCUUCUCACUAUUUAAAUGUCAGGGACCUUCUAGUAAAAAUGUAGCCUUCCACUCGAAAGAUUAGCACUGUUCAGAAAAGUACCAUCAUUAUAGUAAAAUACUUCACCCAGGUUGGGAUAAUGGGAUUUUGAUAGGAGUGCCAGAACAACUUUAACUGUAAACAUCAGAUUUUUUCCCCAAGUAGAAUCAAUAAAUAGUUUAACUCCCACUACAUUUUAAACCCGACACAAGCUGAAAAGGAGCCAUUAAUCCCACAGGAGCAGAGAUAUAGAUUUUUCCAUCUACUUUGCAAUUAGAGUGAGGGGCACUGCACUGCUGAGUUUUUCCAGACUGGAAAAUCUCUUUCCAAACCUUCAGUCUUUCCACCAAGAACCAAAUCUUUUUGCUGAGUUAGAGUAGUAAGACAUCCAGGCACAUUCUUUGAGUGCUGUUUCAGUGGAUUCAUGACAAGAGACACUUUCUCAGGGGUUAUUUUUCAAGUAUGUGGCUGUAAAUGAGCUGAGGAAAUACUGCAUCGCUUUACUGACAGAAGGGGGUGAGCACGGGAGCUUUUUAAUCUGCAAUCUGACAGCUAGAUAUCGCUAAAUAUUUCUAUUACUACACAUUGUAUGUUUAAAAAAAGUAAAUGCUACUUCAAUCCUGCAGGAUCAGAUCAAUUUACCCACAUAAGCUACAGUGAAAAAACAAUCCGUCUAGUCUUACUUCUGAUUUGUGUUCAUUUGUAGACAAGUAUUCAGGAUCUCCAGAUCUUACUUCAGCAUGGUGCUGCUGGACGAGCUAGGACUGGACCGAGAGCGCUUCAUCGUCCCGAUGGCAUCAGAUGAGCUGUUCUCUUACAUCGAUAGUUUCCUGCUGGAUGAAGAGGAGAGAGAGAGGCUGGAGCUCCACAGAGACUUCUGUGACUAACUCUGAAUAAACAACUCUGGUUCCCACAGUGAAAAACUCAUCAGCUUUACCAAUACGAGAUGAGGACUGACAAGCAAGCCAAAUCCAGAGGUCCAAAGGGACAAAUGAGUGACUAAGAGGAAAGAGGGCAGUUCCUUUAGUCUAAAUGUGAUCACUAUUCUACACUGAAGUACGAGCACUGUUGUCUAUUCAUCAGAUUAUCAUGUAGAUUAGGAGGCAGAGAAUGGAGAUAGCACCAGAUAAUGAAGCCGACCGGGUCAAGUAAAAACAUAGUCAGGAAGUCAGACUGAUAAACUUUGUUGCAGGAUGAAAAACGGUUAGGGUUAUUUCUUUAAGGGGGCAACUGUUACAAAAUUUAAGACUUAAUGCAAAACUAAAACUAUUGACUAACUUUUGAAAAACACUUUAGAGGGGCCACUUCAUCUCUUUAGUUUUGUCCAUUUUUAUUGAGUGAACGGAAUAAAGAUAAAAUUUUGUUAUACACGACUCUGCUCACACUCUGAGGAGUCAAAAAUCUACUUUCAUAUCAGCAAGAAGAAAAAUUCUAUUAUUUCUUAAGAAACUUGUAUAAAUAUAUCAUUUUUAAAUUACAGUGUUUAUGUAAAGAACAAUAGUAUAUAUUAAAAAUGUGCACAAUUUGUAACAUGCAAGACCAGAAUUUUUGUGUCCGUUUACUGUUUUACGUACGAGACUGUACAUAAAAGAAGAAAGAGGAAAUAUAACGUGAGAGUGUUUUUGUGGGAAGUGCUGUGCAUGACUUAAAACCAUUAAAAGACUAAAUCUAUCCUGAAUUUUAAAAACAUAAAAUGACUACAUUAAUGCUCAUCAAAAAUAAAAAAACAGAGGUUCAAGAGAAACUUUGGCACAUUUUCUCACAGGUCUGCUGCUCAGAUGAGGUAACCGCUCAACCACAUACAGUGCAGCAGGUGUGACCAAAUGUUAAGCGCUCAGAGAGCCAAUAAACUGCAUGUUUGCUUACAGCUGAUAUGCUGUUUGUUGGGCCCCCUUUAUCAGCUUCUGGGGCUGUAAAACCUUCAAAAUAAAAUAGUUUUAAAUGAUCCCA